GAAGGUAUUCAAAUCCCGAACAGUUUACGGAUGCUAAAACAGCUUCAGGAUCGAAUGACCAGGGCAAUGGAGGCACCAGCUGGAACACUCCCCUUUUGACGCGUUUGCAGAAGAUGAGCUUCGGCGGUGGCCAGAGCAAGAGCAUAGGGGCCAUACGCACAGCCUUGGCCAAAAUCAUUAGCCUGAAUAAUGAUUUCUCGGCAGUCCUUAGAGAGCACGAGGACACGCAUCCUCUCACCAAGACUAAGGCAGUUAAUGCUUCAGCUGAGGACAGAAAAAGAAAACUAGAAGACCGGAAUGAACCAGAAAGAUCGAAGAAGAAAAAAACAGAUACAUUCCUAGAGCAGUCAUGCGUUCAGCCACGCAAGGUAGAGACAGAAGAUGCUGGCUGCAACAAAACCAUAUGGAAUGUGAGCAGUAUUACAGGGAAAGCGAUUUUGGAAGAGCUUGAGAAAAAUGCCACGUCCCUGAAUGUUGACAUAUCCGUUGCAGCAAAAAGCCUCGUCAUUGCACAGGUCAAAUUGAUGGCAGGGCUGGCAAGGGAUGGAGAGAACUUUGACAGGGACUUAGAAGGUAUCAUAUCUACAACACGAUUGCUUGUAAGCCGAAAGAUUCUAAACACAGCGGACAUGGGAGAGCACUUGCUAAAGGAAUCAUCUUUCCUUAGCCUACCUUUAACAUCCCUCUGGCGGUUCAGUUCUACAGGAGUUGUGUCGCUUGAAGAAAUUGUAAAAAGCAUUCAUGAUCAAGGAAGCUGUGAAUCAUCCCUCCUGGAAGACCUGACCCACCUUGUGCUCCGCGGCAAGAAUGAGGAGCCCGGCAUCUCUGUCGUCAGUGAUGCAUUGGCUGUCCUCCUUGGCAUAGCUUAUGACCUGGACACCACACAGUACGAUUCCCUGUGCAAGUAUGCGAGCACCAUGCUUCACUCAUUGACAGAGAAGAUGCUUGACCACAUUCUAGAAGGGGGGAAAAGUGAAGAGAAGGCAGGGCAGCAGCGAGGGAACAGGAGUUUUGAUGACAUCCAAGAUGGCAAAGAAUUAAGUGCUGGGGAUUUGGCAGACCAGGUGUCAGUGAUUAAUAUUUAUCAUCUCAUGCGUGACAAUCUGAAAGUGACGCCAGAAGCCAUAGAGAGUUACUGCUCGGCCCAGCUCCUGCAGGUGCUAACCCAUCGCCCCAACCUGCAGCUCGGCCGAGUCCUGAAGGAGCAAGAACGCUGGAGAUCAACGCAGGCUAACAGUGUCCUCUCGUCUUUUAUAUACAGUCUAAUAGUGGUGCUUGGUCACAAUGCAACAUUGGACACCCUUGAACUAGUAGUAAUGAAUGAUGAGGUCAAUUGGGGCUGCGUUCUGACCCUCGUGGCAACGGCCCUCAACUGCCAUCGUGACACAGUGGGAAUUCUGAAAGGCAUGAUCGAGAAAAACAUCAGGAAGGGAUGUGAAGAGCAGGAGAUGGAGUUGCUUGUCAUCGGUCUUCUGUUCGCAAGGCACGCAAGUCAAGAGGGUCGUCACAUCUUCCCCUUAUAUUCUCAGUGGUUCAGCUCCCUCUUUGCAGCUGAGUCUACAAGCCCAGUCACUGAUAAACAGUCAUUUGUGUUCUUUAUACGUUUCCUGACAGACCUAGUGCCUCAUGAGCCAGCGUACUGUUUGCGUGCUCACCUAACCAAUCAAAUGUACACACCAAGAGGCUGCCAGGAGAUUUUGCGAGAUUAUUGUCACUUGGCCAGGGCGAGACUUAAAGAUCUGAAGGAAACAUUAGACCCAAACACUGCCAUUCAUCAGUCUGAGAAAGAAAAGAGUAAGGUAGCAGAUGAAGUAGAGACUGCAGUCACACAGUACGCACAGACCUCAAAAGUACCUAACUUUGUCCUAGAAGCUUCCAUCUUUCGAAAACCCUACUUCCGUUCAGCCUUUCUGCCGACACUCCUGACACCCAGGCCUAUGCCAGAUGUUCCAGAUGCCAGAGCAAAGCUUAUUGAAGCCCUACAUUUAAGUGGGAAGAUCCCCUCUAACAUGUACAAAAAUUAUAUAGAACUUUGUCAAAAGGAAUGCACAGAACUCUUGACAGGCGUAUUUUUGGACGUUGAGGAAGACGUCAUUAUUGAAGAACCCAUAACGGAGCUCUCCAACAUAUUAGAAGAACUAGUACCGUCAGCAGGUAGCAACUCAGAUAAUAUGACGGCUGAUGCUUCUGCCAUUUUGCCAGUCCUCUCUAGGAUCGCUCAGAAGCUGGAGGAUAUGAUGAAGCUCUAUGACACAAGACAGAGAGAUACAAAGCAUCUUACUCUAGAUGUAAAGGCAUUUAAUCCAAAACUAAUUGCUUAUCAGGUAAUUGAAAAAUUUACUGGCAUUAUUGAAAAGAUUUGCCUGACAGCAGAAGAAGGAAAAGUAACAAAGAAGAGUCGACCGUUUUGGAUCUCCCAGUAUCUGUCACUCUUAUCAGGAAGUGUGACCUUGCAAUCAGCACUUUUCAUAUACCUUCUCGACGUCCUUUCUCCCAGACAGCAAGAAGAAUUAUCACAGACCAAAAUCCACAAUGUAGGCAUUAUUUUGUCUGAACUGUGUAACAUCGAUGGCUUGUUCUUACCUGUGGUUGGCGCAUUGUCUCCAGAGGGAAAACCAGCAAGCUUUUUAGGAUUCUUCUUAGACCAAAUGUCAUUUGACACUUACCAGUCAUGUGUUUUAGCUUGUUGCAUUAUCAGCUGUUGGUUAGACUGGUCAGUAUAUGUGGAUGAUGGAACAGACUCUGCAAAAGAAUCUCUUGCAUCCCUUCCUCCUAUGGUAAUGCAGUUAUAUGACUGUCUGGCACCUCGAGUCACUCUUAUGAAGGUAGCACAUGAGGGAAAAGAAGUGACAGUGGCACAUGUUUAUACUUAUCUAGAAGGACUUGAGGUGGCUGAGUGCGCUGCUUUUUAUUACAGAAGUCUGAGUGGAAAUCUCGGCGAGAAAAAGGUCCCGCUAAAGAAGUGGAUUUCCUUUGAGCUUAGUGCAGCCUGGGGAGACGUGCCCCUCGAUGUCCGCUUGACCUACCUCCAGCUGAGAGUUCUGCGAGAUUUCGUCACUUCUGAUAAGAGUGAAAUGUGCGGAAAUGUACCUCUCGGAGAUGCUAUAGUCAAGAUGGUGUUUGUUUUGAUGGAGGUUGGGUUGAAGAAGAGUAAAUGCCGGAGAUAUGUUAUUGCUCCUCCAGUGUCUAAGUCAACAGAGUAAAGACGUCAGUAUUUGUCUCUUAGAAGAGUGGCAUUUCCACUGCCCAGAUUACAGAGCUUGGGAUAGUCAAAUAUUAUCUUUCAUGAGCAUAUGCAGAAGUCUAUCUCCAUGUCUGUUCUUAAGGUCGACUAAGCUGUUACAGCACGCAGGACAUCUGAAAACCAUGGUGGAGCACCUGACG